UGAAGUUAGUCGCUGCUGGGUUUGGAGUUCCUGAAAAAACAUUACAAUUUUCUUCUAGUUGGUUACAAAAGUUUAAAGAACAUAAUGGCAUUCGACAAAUAAAGCUUCAGAGUGAAGCUGCAUUUGCAGACAAUAAUGCUAUUGCUAGUGUAUUGCUAUUAUUAAGAUCUAAAAGUGCUAGUUAUUCACUUCAUAGAAUAUACAACAUGGACGAAACUGGACUUUUUUUUCAUUUAGAACCAGACCGAACUUUGGCAACUCAUCAUAUUGUUGGGCGAAAAGUAGAUAGGGAGCGCAUUUUAAUUGCACUAUAUGCAAAUACAGAUAGCUCACAUAAACUAAAUCUAUUAACAACUUCAAAAAUUCAAUCGAUGGAUGCUAGGAUAAUUAUGAGUUUUAAAAGGCACUAUCGUUGUCAUCAUGUUGCCUGGAUAUUACAGCAAAUAGAGGCAGGUAAUCAUGCAAAAGACUUAAAAAUAGAUCGACAUACUAAUAUUCUUCCUGCAAGCUUUAAUGCAGACUUACGAAAUCUUUCAGAAAAUAUUUAUCAAGUUAUUGAUUCUGAAAUUAAUGAUCUUGCUACGAUGAUUGAAGACCUUCAUUUAUUAAACCCUAUGCAAGUUGAAGAGUUUUUAUCUAUCUCUGAAGAAAAUAUUGUUUAUGAAGUUCCUAAUGAUAAUUGCAUUAUUUCAGAGCUUGCUGAAAUUUUUAAAAAAAAUGAUGUAGAAGAUUUUGAUGAAACUGAUAAAUAG